AAGUGCACGAGACAGUCCGCGCUCCGUGCUGUGAACGUCGAGCAUUGCGCCAUAAGCUCGAGCUUAAUAUCGUCUAAUUAGAUUAAUCUCUUAUGACAGACGGAACCGAACUGGGAGCAGGGCGCGCGCCAAGGGAAUAUGGCCACCCUGCGCUAGCCGUGUCCCGCCAGUCCAAAUCAGAUGUCAGCUAUGCGGACGUGGAAGACAUAGAUCGCAUGGCCGGCGUCGGCCCCACGGAACCGAAUGCGGGGUUGAAUCGGAAGCCAUCGCAGCAGUCUUCGUCACCGUCCUUCCCGAGCGCCUCCUCCUUUCCGGGUUUCCAGUCCGACGUCCCGACACCAGAUUUCGCGCACGAGGUCAACGACUUCAAAGAUGAGCGGGAGGAUAGCCGCCACACCCAAGCUGCAGUUGUUCCCAGCGAGGCCAUCUACGCGGCAGGCUUCUGCGUGAUCCUCAUUGUCUUUUCUGGACUGGCUGCUUCUACGAGGCACCUCUUUAAGCAGAAACCGAUCGUGGUGGCGCCGCACAAGAGAGGUUUGACCCCAGAAGAGAAAGCGAGGCUAUCGAUGGAGGCUCCUCCUCUCUUUUUGUGCGGUGUCUCCAGCUUACAGGGAACAUCCGACUUGGAAGGUCUCUGUUCGCAUGUGGUCUACACUGGGGACUUGGACAUUAUUACCGAAGGAACAGAUUUUACACUCUUACCCUCAGACGCACGUGACUUCGAGCGGUUCCUGUCCCUCCAGUCUGCGAAAACUAGCCUGAUGGUGUCCAUACCCCUGGGACCCCUACGCAGGGUCGUGGACACCUACUCUCGUUGGCUGCGCUUCGGCAGCGACAUCGCCCGUGUCUUGGGAAACACAAGCGGGAUCCAGGGCCUGGAGAUCCGCCUUCGGCCGUCGCUCGCCUUCAGCGUCGAGGAGCUGCGCAUGCUCCACGUCGCCUGCAUGGAAAUGAAAAGCAGCAACCCGGAGCUGCUCUUCGUGCUCCGCCUUCGGUAUUCGUAUAUCCUGCGGAACAACACUCUGAUGGAAAAUAUUCUUAACUGUCCCGAUAUUAUCGUGUUCCGAACGGAGCACCACGAACUCAAUAGCAAAGUACUGAGAGCGCCUAACCCUUACAGAAGAUAUCUCGGUGCUGACAUGGCGGAACUCUUCUUGUUUCAGGAGGUCGAAAAACUAAAGGCGCUUUCUCGAGCCAACGUAGAGCAAGAGUGGUGUUUUACUCUUUCCCUUGGAGGUCUCCUCUACAAGUACUACAUGGGUCUCAACUUCGGGGAUGAUGCUAUUACAGGUCCCAGUCCUAUCUCGCUGUCCAAGAUAUGCGAACGGUUUUCCGUGAAGCGCUAUGACGAUUCACGCACGAAGUCAUUGUAUUCUGUGGAGCAUGGCAGCAAGUCCUGGGUUGGCUUCGACGACGCCAGUAGUAUCGGACGGAAAGUUCGUGCGAUCCAAGAGAGCAAGGUACCGCUGUGCGUUGCUGCUUACCACGUGGAGCUGGAUGACCACACCCAGAAGUGCGGAGAAGGACCAAGUCCUGUCCUCCACAGGCUGAAGGAAUUAGUGAGAAACUUCAGUAGACAAGCGCGGCAUAAAGAUUAGGUGCCUACAAAUAAAACGCAAUCAAUAUUUGGCCAUGUA